UCUCUGCCCAUAAUUUUUAUUUUUGAAUUCUAUAUAUAAGUCCAACUCUAUCCUUACACAUUCCAUACAAGAAAAAUCUAAACCCAAAUCCAUACGUUGUCUUCACCAAUUAAAAUGGCCACUGAAAAACUCCCAAAACCAUCCAAGUGGUUCUCUAGCAAGGGCCUUAGCCUCAGCUACCAGCAUCUCCGUUCAAAAUCUAGCUCUUCAAGAAGAUUAGACUAUGUUCCCAGCUCAAGAUUAAGCUCUCCUGAUUCUCCCACCUCACCAAAAAUUGUUAAUAAUAAUGCAAUUUCUAGGCAGGAAGAGCUAAGACAAGUGUUUGGUUAUUUUGAUGGUGAUGGGGAUGGAAAGAUUUCAGCCCUUGAACUUAGGGCAUACUUUGGCUCCAUUGGAGAGUACAUGUCUUAUGAAGAUGCUCAAGGGGUGAUCCAGGAGCUUGACACAGAUGGGGAUAAUUUAUUGGAUUUCCAUGAUUUCUUGAGGCUAAUGAAGAGGGGAGCAGAUCAAGAGGAUCUCAAGAAAGCCUUUGAGAUGUUUGAGUUGGAAAAGGGAGAUGGAUGCAUAACUCCAAGAGGGUUGCAGAGAAUGUUGAGUCGCUUAGGAGAUACAAAAUCUUUGGAUGAGUGUGUGGCUAUGAUUCAGGUUUUUGAUGCUGAUGGUGAUGGUGUGCUUGAUUUUCAAGAGUUUAAUCAAAUGAUGGCUUAAUAAAAGCUGUGCUAUCCACUUUGUGGCUUCUUUAAUUACCUCUAUUGUUCCAUAAUAAAAGAGCUCUCUCUCUACAUGCGAGUACUGUAAGUUUAAUUGUCGUCCAACCAUGUAAAAUCUUGUGUUUUCUUGACUUGAAUCCACUUGCUUUACUCUUUGAUUCA